AUGGCCCAGUCUAAGCCUGCUUACAAAGUCGCCGACAUCUCGCAAGCCGAGUACGGACGCAAGGAGAUCAUUCUCGCCGAGAACGAAAUGCCCGGACUCAUUGCGAUGCGCACCAAGUACGGACCGACGCAGCCGCUAAAGGGAGCCAGGAUCGCCGGAUGCCUGCACAUGACCAUCCAGACCGCCGUCCUCAUCGAGACUCUCACCGCUCUCGGAGCUGAGGUUUGUGAUAGUUUCGUUUUCAUUAGAUUUUUCAUCUUGAUUCCCGAAAAAUCGGUGUCCGAUAGCCUUGGAGGUCGUUCUUAUCGCUCCCCAUCGUUUCGUUUUAUUAGCCGCCGAAAAAUUGUGUAUGUAGACGGUUAUCUGGUUGAUUUGCAGGUUCAAUGGUCGUCGUGCAACAUCUUCUCGACGCAAGACCACGCGGCCGCCGCCAUUGCCGCCACCGGAGUUCCAGUGUACGCGUGGAAGGGAGAGACGGACGAGGAGUACGAGUGGUGCAUCGAGCAGACCAUCGUGUUCAAGAACGGACAGCCGCUCAACAUGAUCCUCGACGACGGAGGUGACCUCACCAACCUCGUCCACGCCAAGUACCCGCAGUACCUAACUGGUAUCCGCGGACUCUCCGAGGAGACGACGACCGGAGUGCACAACCUGGCCAAGAUGCUCGCCAAGGGAGACCUCAAGAUCCCGGCGAUCAACGUCAACGACUCGGUGACCAAGUCCAAGUUCGACAACUUGUACGGAAUCCGCGAGUCGCUUCCCGACGGAAUCAAGCGCGCCACCGACGUCAUGCUUGCCGGAAAGGUGGCCGUCGUUGCCGGAUACGGAGACGUCGGAAAGGGAUCGGCCGCCUCGCUCAAGGCCUUCGGCUCUCGCGUCAUCGUCACCGAGAUUGACCCAAUCAACGCUCUCCAGGCCGCGAUGGAGGGAUACGAGGUGACCACCCUCGACGAGGCCGCCCCGAAGGCCAACAUCAUCGUCACGACGACCGGAUGCAAGGACAUCGUCACCGGAAAGCACUUCGAGCUCCUUCCGGACGACUCGAUCGUCUGCAACGUCGGACACUUUGACUGCGAGAUCGACGUCAAAUGGCUCAACGCCAACGCCGCCAAGAAGGACACCAUCAAGCCACAGGUAUUUGUGAAAUACUCUAGUUUUUCUGUAAAAUUCAAAUUUUCCAGGUCGACCGCUACCUUCUGAAGAACGGACGCCACGUGAUCCUGCUCGCCGAAGGACGUCUCGUCAACCUCGGAUGCGCCACCGGACACCCGUCGUUCGUGAUGUCCAACUCGUUCACCAACCAGGUGCUCGCCCAAAUCGAGCUGUGGACCAAGUACGGAACGGCCAACGAGUACAAGCUCGGACUCUACGUGUUGCCAAAGUCUCUGGACGAGGAAGUCGCCUCGCUCCAUCUCGAGAAGCUCGGAGUCAAGCUGACGAAGCUCACCAACGAGCAGGCCGCCUAUCUCGGAGUGCCAAUCACCGGACCGUACAAGCCAGACCACUACAGAUAUUAA